CCAGGCAGUAAGGAGGAAUUGUACGUUUGAUUUCGCCAUUUUGUAUCGGUAUUAAGCUAUAUAUACUAAUAAUUUCAUGUCAUAAGUCAUGGUGCUUUCAUGUUCAGCUGUCGGGUGCAAAAAUCGUUUCGUAAAAGGUGGAGCAAUCACAUUUCACAGCUUUCCAAAGAAUAAAACACUGAGAAAAAUAUGGGAAGCGAAAAUAAGAAGAGCAAACUUCACGUCAACAGCAUAUUCUAAACUAUGUUCAUACCAUUUUACCAGUGACAGUUUUGAUAGAUUGAAAUUUGGUGGAACGUGGCUGAAACCUGAUGCUAUUCCAACAAUUUUCAACUAUCCAGAUGAAUCCCUCUCUAAGAGGAAGCCUCCGUUCAUCCAUGAGAUUUCAAAGAAGGAGCUUCGUAAGCAACAAAAAGCAAGAGAUAUCAAUGGAAGCUUUAUUUGUGGAAAUUUUGAUUUGGCGUCAUCUCCAAAGCAGCCAAAAGCAAUGGAUGUAAAUGAAGACUUUGCUAAUAUAAAUGAUGAUUUGGAGUUACCAGAAGCUUCAGAUUCCAUUAUUGCUGACACAGCAAGAGAAAGUUCAAGAGCUGAAACCACAACAGAAAUCUCGAGAGUUGCUCAGAGAUCAGUGGUUUUGGAUAAUCCAAAAGUUUUAAAAGCCAAAUUCACCAGCUGUCGGCGGAGGAUCAAAGAAUGUAUCAAUAAUAUUGGACAUGCAAAUCUUCGAGUUAAACAGGAGGAGGAGCAGGAAGAUGACUAUAUUGCUCGUCUCAAAUCCAACGUCAAUGAAUUAAGACGCAUUAUUUCCAAUUCAAAUGCACUCCAAUUACGGAUAAAUGAAAUGAGCAGCCAAGCUAGCGGACGAACAGAUUCAACGAAUGCAAGAGAGAAAAGAGAUAUACAUGAUGUAGAAACUUCAAUGAAAAGGGUAGAAUCCUUGAUUGGUGAUAUUACGGCAGACAUUAAACGCAUCGAGGAAAGUAAACUGAGAAUGAAAGAUCUGCACAGCGAGUGUGGAAAGUAUGUUAGUCUUUUAGAUGAUAACUGGAAAAAAGAAAGUCGAUUACUGGGAAAGAUACAAGCAUCAAACAAAAAUAAAGACGAUCAGAAGUCAAACCCAAGUACAUCUAAUAGCUCCAAAUCAAACGAUGACAGUCUUAUCAGAAAUGAAGUGUCUGGAAAUGAACCUGAUAUUGAGCCAACCAGAAAACGCAAGAGAGACAGCAUGCAAGAUGACUCUGAUCCUGAAGAUAUCGAUGUAAAACCUGAUAUUCGCUUGUUGAAUAAAUCAAUAGCGGAAAGCAUAAAGAUAUCCCAGCAAGUUGCUAAAACAGAGGAACCGCAAGAGGAAAAAACUGCAAAGAAUAUGAAUUAUUACAUAACAGAUACCGAUAAGUUAGCGACUGAGAUACAGAAGCAUUUCAACGUCAUGGAUGAUGUGCUUAUAACCUGUAGGUCCUUUAUGAACUCUUUGGUGAAAAACGUGGACUUGAUGCGAGCUCUGUCUGGCAAAGACACAGAAAGAAGCAAACUUGAAUCAAAUGCCCUUACAAGUGAGUAUUCUGUCACAAAUGAAAAGCAAUAAGGAACGAAGAAAGAAUCAAAGGAAUUCGUAAAGGAACGAAGGCUGUAAUAAUCUGUAUAUUUCUUUUGUAAGUAACACUCUGUAAAAUAAGCAAGAUUUUGUAAUAAAGAACUUUGUAAUACUGAUAAA